AUGAAGAAUUUCAGCACAGUGCCAGAGUUUGCAAAAUUUGAGGAAGCAGAGGAAUACUUUGAACUGGGGCAUACAUUACUGUUGUGGUUCCUCCCGCAGCGGAAACAGCCCGGAGAGCGACCAGACGAUGUGAACGGCUGUAGCUGCGGCAGCGCCAUGUUUGAGCUGUUCCCCCACUCCUGCGCGUGCCUCCUUGGCUCCGCUGCGCUGCAGGUACUGCUGUCGCUCUAUGAUACCGUUGAGGAUCUUGAUGUUGAUCGGCAGUGGCACCAACAUUUGAAUUAUUUUGUGACAAGAUUUGGAGAAUAUAUCCUCUUUCUGCAACUACUGGAGCAACCGGCAAAAUUGCUUGAGUAUAUGAGACAAGACGCUUUAACCGUGCUACAAGAGCAGCUUGUGUAG